UUUACUGCUGCUUUCUGAUUGGCUGCAGUUUGCAUCCGGCCACUGGCACAGGCUGCGUCAGGAAACCACAGCAGGGUAUAAGUAGCUGGUAGCGGGUCCGCUGUUCCACGUUGCUGAGACUUGAUUUGGCAGCUGAUCAUGUCUGGACGCGGCAAGCAGGGCGGCAAGGCGCGCGCCAAGGCCAAGACGCGCUCGUCGCGGGCCGGGCUGCAGUUCCCCGUGGGCCGCGUGCACCGGCUGCUGCGCAAGGGCAACUACGCCGAGCGCGUGGGCGCCGGCGCGCCCGUGUACCUGGCGGCCGUGCUCGAGUACCUGACGGCCGAGAUCCUGGAGCUGGCGGGCAACGCGGCGCGCGACAACAAGAAGACGCGCAUCAUCCCGCGCCACCUGCAGCUGGCCAUCCGCAACGACGAGGAGCUCAACAAGCUGCUGGGCAAGGUCACCAUCGCGCAGGGCGGCGUGCUGCCCAACAUCCAGGCCGUGCUGCUGCCCAAGAAGACCGAGAGCCACCACAAGGCCAAGGGCAAGUGAGCGCGCGCCGCCCGGCCUGGCCCGGCCCGCGCCCGCACCAAAGGCUCUUUUCAGAGCCACCACGGCGUCCACGAAAGGACUGAGCACUCGGUCACAACGCUGUAGAUGUGAAUACUUGUACUAUUAAGCACGAAGACACAGUGCUGGG